GUGUUGCAGUCAAACCAUUGGUUGCGCUCCUCGGUCAAAGACGGAACUUAUGACGUCGGUGCACCUUAUUGGUUUCACCACUACUGCCGCGGAGAUUUUGAAAAUACAAGGGAGUGGAAACGUCGUAAAUUCAUGUAACGAGUUCUAGCACAAGUCUUGUUUAUUCUUUAUAUCUGUUCCUUCGCAUACAUCUGGAAAAGGGCUGAUUACAGAGAAUAGGACAUAGAAAUAUCAUGGCCGAAGAGGUCGUUUGUCUUGAUGUCCAACCUCAGGAGGCGAACGUUAGCCAAACCGAACACAUCGUCGACGAUGCAGAGAUUGCAUGCAGUGAAAGUGUGCGGAAAGAGAGAGUGGACCUCGAGUCAGAAAUGGAAAUGGGUGCAGUAACCAGAGAAGAGCUUGCUAAAGAUGUUCCUCACAUAUCGCAAGGCCACAAACAAACGAACAACCCAGGCCUUUUCACAAGAAACGUAGAUCUUCCUCGACCAACGUUUUUGAGUGACAUUCAUAGGCAGAUUAGGCACUCCAGAAGACUAUUUCAGGACGAUGGUGACGGCGACGAAGAUGAUAAUGACGACGACAGCGGCACCGACUACCACAACAGCGACCAGUCUGGCACACAAUUACAAAGGGCUGAACGAAAUGGGCAUACUGCCCUUCCAGACACCUUUCAGACUAACCAUCUCAUUUAUUAUGAGAGGUUCAAGGCAUACCAAGACUACAUGCUAGGAGAUUGCAAAACCUCUGAAGUAAAAGCUUUCACAGCAGACUACCUGGAAAAGGUUGUGGAGCCUUGCGAAUGGCAAGCUGUGUGGUGCACAGAUGUUUUUGAUGUCUUGGUGGAGGUGGUGGAUGUAGACUACAAAGAGAUGAAGGCGAAAGUGGAGUUGGUGCUGCCUCUGCAGUGUGAGACCAGGGGCUGUGAGCUGACUGAGGAUGCCAUGAGGGCUCUGCUAGAGGCCACACUGCAUAAGGUUCCUGUGCUAGAGCUUCAGGUGGUCUAUGAGGAGACGGGAGACUUUGACCAGACUGCACUUGCCCUGGAACAUCUCAGGUUUUUCUACAAACAUAUCUGGAGGAAGUGGGAUGAAGAGGAUGAGGAUGAUGACUUUGAUUAUUUUGUGCGCUGUGUGGAGCCUCGCCUUAGGCUAUACUACGACAUUCUUGAAGACCGGGUGCCUGCUGGUCUUGUGGUGGAGUACCAUGCACUGCUGAGCCGCUGCUCUGAGAAGUACCAGGAGUUCUCCAGCCUGAGGAAUGGCCUGAGCAGCGACUCGGACUCUGAGCUGGACAACGUGUCGAUGGUGGAGGGCUUACGCCUGUAUGACCAGGUGGAGACCCUCAAACGCAAGCUCAGGAUCAUUGAAAACCCCCUGCUCAGGUACGUGCUGGGCUACAAGGUGAACUCUGGCCAGCACUUCAGCGCGGCCAAAGGCCGGCGGCCGGAGGGGGGCCGCGUGGUGCACGUGGUGUGCGCCUCCGCCACGGUCGGCCUCCUGCAGAGCCUGAUGGCUGACAAGCUGGGGCCCGAGUUCUCCGGAGAAGAGUUUGAAGUGCAGUUUCACAGUGACCCACAGCUUGCUGUGAAUACCUGCUACGAGGGGGAUGUGGUCAUCGUUUGCCCGGGUCACUACAACGUGAACAGCUCCAUCAGCAUCCCUGACUCCAUUCUACUGGAAGGUUAUGGCCUGCCGGAUGAGGUGGUAAUUGAGAAGAAGAGCAAAGGAGACACAUUUGUGGAGUGCACGGGGGCCAGCGUCAAGAUCUCCAACCUGAAAUUCAUCCAACAUGACGCCAUCGAAGGCAUCCUGUGUGUGCGUCAGGGAGCACUGGAGAUGGAGAACUGUGUGAUGCAGUGCAACACCACCGGCGUGAUCGUGCGCACCUCCGCCCAGCUCUCCAUGAACAUGUGUGACCUCUACGGAUCCAAGGGGGCGGGCGUGGAGAUCUACCCUGGCAGCGUGUGCAGUCUGCUGGGCAACGGCAUCCACCACUGCAAAGAAGGCAUCCUGAUAAAGGACUUUGCAGACCAGCUGGACGCUAUGCCUAAAAUCACCAUGGUCAACAACGUCAUUCAUAAUAACGAGGGCUAUGGUGUGAUCCUGGUCAAGCCAAACGACAGCAGGAGUAGUGAGGACCAGCCUGCCAAGGCGGGAAUUGCAGAUGAGCCGGAGGGUUCCGUGGGUCCUGCUGAGGUGGACACAGCCAUUGAGAUGGGCAGCUCCGAGGGUGACCUCCCCGAGGCCGAGAUCCCCAUCAUCGUGGUGGAGGAGGAUUGCUGUGUGGCCAGCGAGGGCUCCGAGGGAAACGACGCCAUCAAGCGCGAGCUUAUGGCCACCUCUGCCAAGAAGCUCCGCCUUCAGAGGAGCAGAGCCAAUCAGGUGGGCUCUAUGCAGGCUGAUGAGAACCUGCCAUCGCAGGAGAUGUUCGUCUCCAUCCAGGGCAACCAGUUCAAGCGCAAUGGCAAGGGCAGCUUCGGCACUUUUCUGUACUGAAUGUCCUUUUAUGACAAAAAAAUGCACAGACACACUUUACAAUGUUUAUUUAUUUUAUUUCUAACUGCAGUGACCGUGUCAAGGUGUGCAGGGCUUUUAAAUCUGUUGAUAUGAAGAAUUAAUAAAGGUGGUGUUGCUCAACCCACAGAUAUAGAUAAGUGUUUGUAUGUACGUAACUUUCACCUUGUGUUUUGAUCUUUACAAUAAUUUUAAAAUGGACACUAACAUAAUGUAUAAAUAUGAUGACUGCAUGCUUGUUCCUUUUCACCUUAAAUUUUCAAAUAUUCAGGAGGAUAUUGUGUGGCACAGGGGUUUCAUUCACUUAUUUUAUUAAUUUAAUAGUAUACAUCACUCCUAUGUUCACAGGUGCCAAAGAAAAAGCACUGGUAACAUUGUCUAAUAAACAGUAUUUCUAUAUCA